GAAGUAGCCACCCCGACUUUUUCACCUUUUUUCACUUGCCCGCUUUGCUUUGCUAGGACAACAAGCCAACAUUUGAACUUAUCCACUUCAUUUACCGACCUACCUAACUCUCUACUACUUUUCUCCUAUCUACAACUUCUACCACUUCUACACCUCUUUUUUCUUACUUUCUUAGCUCCUAGGCCCAAAAACAUAUCCUACAGAGUAACUACUAAGGAACUUGACAGUACCACCUAGUUGCCACCUAUCUAGAAACCCCUACUCUCACCUGCUCGAUUUCUCCUCGAAAUCGACGCAAAGCAUCUCUAUCCACCAUGGCCAUGAAGCUAGAUGAAAAGUACGAUCACUAUGAUUACCCUACCACAGCUCCUGUGGCUAGGCCCGGUCACCCAGGCCACUUGACCAAGGACCAGGAGGCGCAAGUUCACCAGCUACGCAUGCUGCUUGAGAGCGAAGGUUACACCAAGAGACUGGACACUCUAACGCUGUUGCGUUUCCUCCGAGCCCGAAAGUUCGACGUCAACCUAUCCAAGAAAAUGUUCGUCGACUGUGAAAAGUGGAGGAAGACUAUCCUGUACGCUGGACAGCCCCUGAAGCUCGACGGCCGAAUCAUCAGCCUCGACGAUGAAGUGAACCAGUGGGACAAGGAUGGCUCCUUCAAGAAGAAGGUGUCCAAGUGGUACCCUCAAUACUACCACAAGACGGAUAAGGAUGGACGACCCGUCUAUAUCGAACAGCUCGGCAAGAUCGAUAUUCCUGCCAUGAAGAACGAAGGCGUCGACUACGAACACAUGUUGACCAACUUGGCCGUCGAGUACGAAAAGAUGGCGGACCCAAGGCUGCCAGCCUGCUCGCGCAAGGCCGGUCACCUCCUCGAGACGUCUUGCACCAUCAUGGACUUCAACGGUGUCGGUUUCGGUAACGCGCGCCAGGUAUUCGGGUACAUUCAGGAGGCUUCUGGCAUGAGCCAAAACUACUACCCCGAGCGUCUCGGUCGUAUGUAUCUGAUCAACACCAACUGGCUGUUCACCGGUGUUUGGCGCAUGGUUCGCCCUCUACUUGACCCUGUCACGGUGGAGAAGAUUCACGUCCUCGGCGGCAACUACCAAAAAGAGCUACUAUCCCAAAUCCCUGCUGAGAACCUACCCAAGGAGUUCGGUGGUACUUGCCAGUGUGAGGGUGGUUGCGAGCUAAGCAAUGCCGGCCCCUGGUGCGAUCCCGAGUUCACAAAGCCUGCCUGGUGGGAGAAGGAGGGUAAGGAUGACGGAGCGAUCGAGAACAGGCCGUCGGAGAUUGGUACAGGUGCGGGUGCUGGCGCUGCCGGUGCCGCUACGGAAGGGGCCGAAGCCACGGCACCCGCUCCGGCUGCUGCAUAGAGAACACGGAAGAAGUACCUAGUUAUCAACUAUAUACGAAAGUUAAGAACCAAAGUUCAGAUGAAGAGGGGAGUUUAGUACGGGCAGUCAGAUAGAAGUGAUCCACAAGUGACAGCCAGUAGGAGGAGUAGAAGGGAUCACUAGGAAGAAGAAGAGGAAGAGAAGGAAAUAGAAGAAAGGCAGCGGUGGAUAGUGGCGGCAGCAAAGAACUUCUUUAUAUCCGGACGAAAACUUUUUCUCUUUUUAUUUUUUCAUCUCGGACCAAAUCUCUCAUAUAAAAAAAAUUUGCUGCUCCCCUAUUUUUUAAUUUUUUUUUCUAACCCCCACCUCUCUAACCUACUUACCUACCUAAUGUAUGGGCAAAACGGAUUUUUUUUGGUUUGUUCGUAGUAGGGUAGGGUAGUGUAGGGUAGGUAAAGGGUUAGUUUUUAUCACAUUUGGCCAAACCUUUUUUUUUUUUCUUCUUCUUUCUGCAAAGGAAGAGGAGAAAAAAAAAGAAAGAUAGAAAGAAAAACAGAAACAGAAACAGAAACAGAAA